UUCUCUCCGCUUUCUCAAAUCUCAGCUUCUUCCCUCUCUAACCAUAUCUCCAUUUUUACACACACUACACACACUAAAUUGCUUCACACAAUUCGUGUGUUUGCUUUUGUUAUUCUGAAACCGAAUAUUUUAGUAUUUCGAUUUUCGAGAAACAAUGGGUUUUCCUGUUGGUUACACGGAUUUAUUCCUACCCAAAUUGUUAGUCCACGUACUAACAAUUCUGGGUUUUAUCAGAAAGUUCAUUUGCACGCUUUUCACAGUUCUGGGUCUAGGAGAUUUCCUCGAACCCGAAAUGUCAUUCCCGACCCGACCCGAAUCUCACUUGGAGCUCCACUCAGUGUCAGCAACGUUGAUCCGGGAGCUGUUGCCGGUGGUUAAGUUCUCCGAACUGGUUGACCCGCCGGAGAGCUGUGCCGUUUGUUUGUACGAAUUUGAUGGGGAUGAUGAGAUCCGACGGCUCACAAAUUGCCGACAUAUAUUCCACCGGAGCUGUUUGGACCGUUGGAUGGACCAUGAUCAGAAAACGUGUCCACUUUGCCGUACGCCGUUUAUCCCCGACGAUAUGCAAGAUAGUUUUAAUGAGAGAUUAUGGUUGGCUUCUGGCAUUUCUGAUUUUUACGGCGAGUAUUCUCCGGUUGCCGCCGGUUUGUAGCACUACUGAUUUUCAUUUUUUCUGGUGGUUGAGAUUUGAUAAGGUAAAAUGUAUAUACUACAAGAGAAAGAAAAGAAAAAAGAUGAGGGAGGAAAAGAGAAAAAAAAAUUACUCCUAUUUGUAUAGUGUACAAUUUUGAGACUAUGGAAUGAAAAUCGGUAGUUUUAAUUUUCA